AUGACCAAUAUACAGGACAGCCCACUGCUUCUAUCCCUAUACAUCCAAGACGGGAAAAUUGAGGACGCAAAACUGUACAGCAGAGUGCCAUUUUUUUACGAAUCGAAAGGAGUUGAAGCAUUUUCAGGGUUCAUCACGAUCAACGAGGAUGCUCAAACUAAUUACUAUUUUCUUCAUACUAAAAUACACGUUCUUGCACAGAUCGUCCAGAUAGUAAGGAAACCGCCCCCUCUAAUUCUAUGGCUGUCAGCAGGCCUGCGAUCAUCAUCUUUGAUGGCACAGUUUGUGUACAAUGGGCCUGUCGCCAUUGACGCUACUGGACGCACCGGGGAAAGAUCGAAUUCUCUGGCUAAUUUUGCUGACGCAAUCUACUUGGACCAGCCAGCGAGAACAGGAUUCAGUUUCUAA